UGUGAGCAAGUAGAACUAUAGAGAAAUACACACAAAGUACACACAUGUUUUGGUGCUCCUAGAGUAAUUUCAUCCAAAGUCGCAAAGUAGAUUGACCCCAAAAGAACGUUUCGAUAACAGUUCCGCUACAGAGAUAAGCUGAAGAGCCACAUAUGCGCAACAGCUUAAAAGAAUCAAGUUACAGUAUUAUUCCUAAGAACAUACAGGGAAAAAGGCUUUCCUAGAAAGUGAACUGUGCUCACUGUAACUCAUCAUUUAUUUAUUUGCAUUUAUUUGCAAAAAUGAUUUAUUUGCAUUAGCUGCAUUUGCAUAGCAGCAACACCUACUCAUGGGACAAUAUCCCACGAGCGACAGUAGGUAAAAAAUUUCUUUAGAUAAAAGACUCCUUUACAGCCAACAUGGUCUUAAAUGAAUCCUUCAACGAGACUAAAUCUCAAUGUACAUUUAAUGACACAGUGGAUGCCUACAUGUAUCCUACUGCCUACUCUUUGUUUUUUAUCCUUGGACUUCCUGGUAACUGUUUGUCCCUGUACGUAGCCUGGGUGCUAAUGCGGCGCGGGAAUAGUCUGGCAGUGUAUUUGGUCAACCUGUCCAUAUCUGAUCUGCUCUACACCAUCAGCCUGCCUGUAUGGAUCAUGCUAGCUAUGAAGCAGCCAGUGGAUGACACCCUCUGCAGCCUCAUCAACGUGAUCAUGUACAACAGCUUCUAUGUGGGUUCGGGCCUGCUGUGCUGUAUCUCUAUGGACCGAUACCUUGCUGUGGUCUUUCCUCUGCACUUCGACACAGCGCACAAGGUGCGGACAGCAGUUUUGGUGAGCAUCUUAGUAUGGCUGGUUGAGAUCUCUUUGCACGCUGGCCUUCUGGGGUACACGGGGGACCUGCAGCAUUUCUCACCCGCUCGUCUGUGUGAUGUAAAGCAAUCCAUGACCAUAAAACAUGCCCACAUGGCUAUAAUUCGAGUGGUGCUGGGAUUUCUCAUCCCUCUGCUCCUCAUGGCCUUCUGUUUCCAGCAGAUAAUUAUGUCUCUCCAGGCAAGCGUUUCCACGGUGGCCAGCGAGCGCAGAAAGAUUCGCAACCUGCUCCUGCUUCUCUUCCUCGUCUACAUGGUGGCUUUUGCCCCUUUCCAGGUCGUCAUGUUCCUCAGGGGCCUGUUGGAGCCUGAGAACUGUAGCACUGCCAGACAACUCAGAGACUACUACAUGGUGUUUGUUGCAACCACAACAAUUAACAGUGUGGCAGACCCAGUUGUUUACUGCUUGAUGAGUGAGAGUGCCAAGACGGAGAUAAAAAGGAUUUAUACGAACUGUGAGAAUCAAUUCAGCAAAGUCGUUUCCAUGAUGAAAUCCUCCUCCUCCUCCUCCUCCUCCUCCUUCUCCUCUACUGCCUAACAGCAAGUCCAAUUACUU